AUGAGUUAUCCACCAAACUCAAUAGAAGACAAUCGUAGAGCUUAUUUACUAAGAGGUCCAUGUCAAUCACGCAAGCAUAAUUUCCUUUCUACAAGCAAUGGAAAUCGAAAACGUAAAUUUGUCUCACUUUGGUUUGAUGAAUUUAAGAGCUGGCUGGAGUAUAGUGUUACCAAGGAAGCUGCUUAUUGCUUAUAUUGCUGUCUUUUCUCAAGACUCCAUGGAAAUGGACAAGAUGCCUUUGUAUCUAAGGGAUUUACUGCUUGGGGCAAGAAAGAAAGAUUAAGAGAUCAUGUUGGAAAUCAUACAAGUGAGCAUAAUAGGUGUAGAUUAGCAUGUCAGGAUUUGAUGAACCAACCCCAGCACAUUGAAGUCUCUCUACUAAAGCAGUCAACACAAUCGAAGCUUAAUUAUCGUUGCAGAUUGAAUGCAACGAUUGUUUCACUUCGUUAUCUUAUCAUGCAAGGAAUGCCUUCUCGCGGACAUGAUGAGUCCGAAGAAUCCUUAAAUCAAGGUAAUUUUCUUGAGCUUUUGAAAGUUAUUGCCUCUUGCAGCGAUGAGAUAUCUAGUGUUGUACUAAAAAAUGCUCCUGACAAUCUCAAACUAACAUCACCGAGAAUUCAGAAGGACAUCAUAAAUGCAUUUGCUGUUGAGACAACAAAACUUAUUGUACAAUAUAUGGGAAAUGAUUUUUUCUCCAUAUUAAUCGAUGAGUGUCGAGAUAUAUCAGUCAAAGAGCAAAUGGGUGUUGUGGUGCGAUAUGUGGACAAGAAUGGAUGUGUUAUGGAACGCUUUCUCGGUGUCGUGCAUGUCAGAGACACGGUUGCAACCUCACUUGAGAAGGCACUUGAUUCUUUGUUAUCUAUGUAUGAUUUAAGUGUAUCUAGUUUGAGAGGACAAGGAUAUGAUGGUGCAAGCAACAUGAGAGGUGAAUUCAAUGGAUUGAAAAGUUUGAUACUCAGGAGAAAUCCCAGUGCCUAUUAUGUACAUUGUUUUGCUCACCAGCUUCAACUCACAAUUGUUGCUGUUGCCAAAAAGCAUACAAGUAUCAGAUCUUUUUAUAAUGUUAUCAACCGUUUGUGUAAUGUUGUUGGAGGUUCUUGUAAGCGCAGAGAUAUACUUAGAGAAAAACAGAGAGAGAAUAUUCUAGAAAAGAUUGCAAGUGAUGAAAUUACCACCGGGACAGGAUUGAAUCAAGAGAUGUCAUUAAAGCGGCCUGGAGAUACUCGUUGGAGUUCACAUUAUGGUACUCUUAUCAACUUGAUUCAUUUGUUUUCUUCUAUUGCUGAAGCGGAUGAUGUGUCAGAAAUUAUUAAUCGCUUUGAGUUUAUUUUUGUGUUACAUCUUAUGAAGCAAAUCUUGGGAAUCACACAUGAGCUCUCUCAAGUGCUACAAAAAAGGAUCAAGACAUUGUUAACGCAAUGA